AUGUCUUCUGGUGGUUCUUCCAGUGGUGGCUCGAGUGGCAAGAAGGACGAGGAACAGUACCGCUCUGGCGGUUAUACCUCAAACGAUUCCUAUGCCUGGGGAUCGAAAGGCAAAUCGGACACAUACAUCGACAGUAGUGGCAAUAAAAGAAAUGCCAAAGACAACUCGUACACCUACGAGUACCCUCCAAGGAAGUACAAUCCUGACGGGACUAUCAAGCCUUCUUGA